GCCUGUGGCUUAAAAAACUUCACAAAAGCUGUCUGAAAUCACACUAGGAAAUCCUCUGAGUUCAGUCAAAUCUCUGAUUUAGUCAGCUUCAGCUAUCACUGCUAUCACCAGCGCAUCUAUAAAUACAUCUGCUUUCACAGAGUACACAUUCUGAAAUUUGCCCGUUGCCUCCUCAGAAGUGCAGAGCUAUCAUUGCUAUUAGACAAGCCUGGCUUCACCAAAGCCAACAUUAACCCAGCCUAGAGGCCAAGCCCAUCCCUUGUUGUUAGUUUUGAUAGUUGCUGCUAUCAUUUGAUAGUUCGCUUGUAGCCUGUCCAAGUUGGCAGUGUCAGACCAAGCUGAUUGGAGCUGCAGACAUUUUUGCUGACUGGAGUCAUGCUAUCUUUGCCAGUUUGCUGGAAUAGACACAGACACUGAUUGGGUCAUGCUGAAAACAUUCCUGUCCUAUGAAGCAAGUCUGUUUGUAUUUUAGGUUUGCCAGGACUAAUGAAUUAAAAAUCUUGGGCUCGCUGCAGUUUGCUGCUUAAUAAUGCCUGUGACAGAAGGAUUUUUUCCUCACUGAAGCGUGACAGCAUCAUAAUCUCUCCUCACUGACAAGGAGAGGAAGGAAAAGUGGAAUUGUGGAGAAAAGUGGAAAAGGGUGAUCUUUUGGGACAGCAAAGCCUAUGGGAAGUGCAGGUAGCAGCAUGUUGCCCUGACAGCUGUCUCAGCUUCUCAGACCUUGUCAGUUUGUUGCUAUGCAGCAGGUGCAGCCUUUUCUUUUAUUGAAGCUUUACUCCAUAAAGGCAACGACAAGCCAAGGCAGUGGCUGGCCCUGGAUUAUACAAGUGCAGACACUCCGCUAAGUGAGGGUUUCAUCUCAGUAAAACUACUUUUUGGGAUUGGUGGUCUCAGAAGAAAGACCGAGGACUGAAUAAGGUCCUGAUCCAGGAGUCAAACCCAUGCAGACAGACCCCUACACCUGCACAGAGUUCCACUGAAGGAUCACCACCAAGCUGGAACAAACAAGUAAAAGCAUUGACUCAAGUGCCCACAUGAUCACCACCGCCAGGGUACCUGCUGAUAAACCAGUACGAAUUGCCUUCAGCCUAAAUGAAUCCCCAGAUGAAGCUUCCUCUGAAAACUUCCCUCUGACAUUUCCAGAACUAGAUCAGCAGCUGCAGCCAUUGCCUCCUUGUCAUGACUCUAAAGAAUCUAUGCAGGUGUACAAACAGCACUGCAAAAUAGCAGAAGAGUACCAUGAGGUCAAGAAAGAAAUUGCUCUGCUGGAAGAAAGAAAAAAGGAGCUAAUCGCCAGGCUGGAACAAGUGGAAAAAGAAAGCAUGGAUGCUGCUCAGCUGGCCAAGGAGUAUGCAGAACUGACAGAGGAGAACCGAACACUGAAGCUGGCCCAGACACAGUGUGUAGAGCAGUUGGAAAAGCUCAGAAUACAGUACCAAAAGAGACAGGGAUCCUCAUAACUCUCAACUAGUUUAUGUGAGGCAGUUAAUACAGGAUUGGUCCUGUGCUGGAAAGAGAUUUUAAAAUAAAGGUCUGUUUAAUAUGUUAUAAUACUUUACUACAGAUACAGAGUAUGUAGAAGUCUAUAUUUGAUUUAAUGCUUGCCAUCCAGUUGCUUAAUAUAAUGGAUAUUUCAUCCAUUAUAUAAUGGAUAUUUUAUUUCAAGUAACAUAAUUGAAGUUAAUCUAUCCCCAUUAUAUGUUCUAGUAGAUCAAGUUUCUUUUCUAAACAUAUUUCUUCCAAUUUAAGAAGAUAUGGACACACUAGAAAAUGAUAUAAAUAGUCUCUGUGUUGGAAAUUUGGACCAUACUAAGGCAUACAACAGGGACAAUGUUAAUAUAUGGAAUACAUGUAUGUUAAUUUUAGUUUGGUGAAGAUUUUUUUAAUUAUUUUCCUCAUGCCUGAAAUGUUUGGAAGUUAUAUUAAAACAGGUCUCCUCACUGGUAAAAACUAUACUUCAUUAUCCCAUGUCGGCUUUACAUUGUUGUAUAAAAUCUGAGAAAUUACACAUUAAAAAUUGAAGUCACAUAAUUAUUUUUAUCAAAUGCGUGUACUGCCAGUAAUAAUUUGCAAGUAAUGAAAUUAAAAGGAAACUAAUGAGGUCAGAAAUUCUUUCCUUGAGCAUAAAGGUAGUUUGAGAGUCUUUUAUUGUACUUUUGGGCAUGCGAGAAAUUAACAUAAGGAUACUACCAUCAUAGUUUCAAGUGAGAAUAUGUCCACAAAAGUACUGUGAGGAUGUUUUGUUCUUAUUUUUGGGCCUGUUUUGAAGCAUAAAUGGCUGUAAGUAGGGACAGGAGUUCCAUCAUAUACAAAUAACCUGGAAGUAAAAUGUUAAUCUUAUUUGCUCUAUUUAUCCCUGUAUUUUCCUAGAUCAACUGAAAUUUCUUUGUUAUACUUCCAUUUCUAUUCAUACAGUAUUUUUUUCAUUAAAAGUGGAUAUAGAAAAGCCAUUUUAUGUUCUGAAUAUUAUUAAAUCACCCUGUAUUUUUAACUCUG